CGUUGCCUACACUGACCAGACCACGAACAGAUCUCACCAUCCCCCCUUCCCUCAGAUCCCAAUUCCCGAAGGAAUGCCUCUUGUUGGCUAGCUGCUUGCCCCGCCGCGCGCGCUCAUAUUCAUGGGCGGGCUCAGGGCAGCAUCGCCGUCGCCGUCGGGCGCGGGACCGGACACCCCGCAGCCGGCGCCGCCGCACGUGGCGAUGGCGUGCGUGGUGGCCUCCGAGGUCGCCACGGUCCUUGCCGUCAUGCGCCGCAACGUCCGCUGGGCGGGCGUCCGCUACGACGGCGGCGGCGCCGACGAGCACCUCGACCACCCGCUCGUCGUGGGGCUCAAGUCCCUCCGCCGCCGCGCCGCCGGCUGGGGCGGCGGCGGCGGCGUCGACCCGCUCCUCUACCUCCGCCCCUUCCUCGACGUCGUGCGCUCCGACGAGACCGGCGCGCCCAUCACGGGCGCCGCGCUCUCGUCGCUGCACAAGAUGCUCUCGCUCGACCUCGUCGGCCCCGCCGCGCCCAACGUCGCCGGGGCCAUGGGCGCCGUCGUGGACGCCGUCACCGGCUGCCGCUUCGAGGUCACCGACCCGGCGUCCGAGGAGGCCGUCCUGGCGCGGGUCCUGCAGGUGCUGCUCGCCUGCGUGCGCGGCCGCGCCGCGCCCGCGCUCUCCAACCGCCACGUCUGCGCGAUCGUCGGCACCUGCUUCCGCGUCGUGCAGCAGGCUGGGACCAAGGGGGAGCUGCUGCAGCGCGUCUCCCGCCAGACCAUGCAGGAGGUUAUCCGCUGUGUCUUUGCCCGCCUUCCGGACCUUAAUGCCACCGUGGUUGCCGACGAGCAGAUUGCCAGUUGGAAGGGCCAAGGUUUGGGUGCUGGGGAGUUGGACAAUGGAAGGAAUGACUAUGUGUGUUUGAACAGCUCCGGUGAUGAGGUGGGGGGUGGAUCUGGUGCUGCGCAGGACAAAACCAUGACGGAGCUGUUUGGGGUUCCUUGCAUGGUAGAGAUAUUGCAAUUCUUGUGCUCCCUCUUGAACGUAGCAGAAGACAUUGAGGUGAAGCCAAGGAUGAAUCCGAUUGACUUCGAUGAGGAUGUGCCGCUCUUUGCUCUGGGGUUGAUUAAUUCAGCUAUUGAAUUGUCCGCUUCAUCAAUACACAGACACCCAAAACUUUUGGCUUUUGUACAGGAUGAAUUGUUCCGCAAUCUAAUGCAUUUUGGCUUGUCAAUGAGCCCCUUGAUCCUGUCGACAGUGUGCAGCAUUGUUUUUACUCUCUUUUACCAUUUGCGUCAUGAACUUAAGCUGCAAAUAGAGGCUUUCUUCUCAUGUGUGAUAUUGAGAUUAGCCCAGAGUAGAUAUGGAGCUAGUUAUCAGCAGCAAGAAGUCGCCCUGGAGGCGCUAGUGGAUUUUUGCCGGCAAAAAGAGUUUAUGGCUGAGAUGUAUGCGAACAUGGAUUGCGAUUUACAAUGCUCAAAUAUUUUUGAAGAGCUAGCUAACCUUCUGUCUAAAAGUGCAUUCCCUGUGAACAGUCCUUUGUCAGCCUUAAAUGUGCUUGCUUCGGAUGGUUUGGUAGCUGUCAUUCAGGCCGUGGCAGAGCGGACCAAUAGUGGACCUCGGCAUCAUGAUCAAACAGUGCCAGAAAUAAGUGAAUAUUUUCCAUUUUGGCAGUUGAAGUGUGAGAGCAAUAAAGAUCCUGAUCAAUGGGUUAAAUUUGUUAACCAGCAAAAGGGCGUCAAGAGGAAGCUAAUGGUUGGUGUUGAAAUCUUCAAUAGGGACAAAAAGAAGGGUUUUGAGUUCCUGCAAGGUGCUCAUCUCUUGCCUGAAAAACUUGAUCCGCACAAUGUUGCUCUUUUCUUCCGGUACACACCUGGGUUAGACAAGAAUCUUCUUGGGGACUACCUGGGUAAUCAUGAUGAGUUCUCUAUUCAGGUCCUUCAUGAAUUUGCUAGAACCUUUGACUUCAAGGAGAUGAAUUUGGAUGCUGCUUUAAGGCUCUUCUUGGAAACUUUCCGUCUGCCUGGUGAGUCACAGAAGAUACAGAGAAUUCUUGAGGCUUUUUCUGAGCGAUACUAUGAACAAUCACCACAAAUAUUUGUCAAUAUUGAUGCUGCAUUGGUGUUAUCAUAUUCAGUAAUCCUGCUUAACACCGAUCAACACAAUGUAAGGGUUAAGAAGAAGAUGACUGAAGAAGACUUUAUUAGGAACAAUCGUCAUAUAAAUGGAGGCAAUGAUCUUCCAAGGGAGUUCUUGUUAGAGAUUUAUUAUUCUAUUUGCCGGAAUGAAAUCAGAACCAUUCCAGAGCAAGGAGCUGGUUGUUCUGAGAUGUCUUUCAGCCGUUGGGUUGAUCUGAUGUGGAAGUCAAAGAGAACAUCAGCAUACAUUGCUUGCAACUCCUGCCCUUUCCUUGAUCAUGACUUGUUUUCUAUCAUGGCUGGGCCAACUAUCACUGCAAUAUCUGUGGUUUUUGACAAUGUUGAGCAUGAAGAGGUUCUUACAGGAUGCAUGGAUGGUUUUCUGUCGGUGGCAAAACUUUCUGCAUUCUAUCAUCUUGAUGAUCUGCUCAAUGAUCUUGUUGUGGCACUAUGUAAGUUCACAACUUUGUUGAACAGUACCGACAGUGAUGAUCCUGUAACAGCUUUUGGGGAGGAUACGAAGGCUAGAAUGGCAACAGAAGCUGUUUUCACUAUAGCAACUACUUAUGGUGAUCAUAUACGCAGUGGAUGGACGAGUAUAGUAGAUUGCAUUUUAAAAUUGCAGAAGAUUGGCAUUCUUCCUGCUCGCCUCACUGGCAAUACAUCUGAUGAUCAGGACUCCUCAGAUUUGUUGCCCAGCAAGCUUGCCUCCUCAUCUGCAGCAGCACCUCCAGUUUUCCCAGUUAGUGCCCCCAAAAAAUCUUAUGGACUGAUGGGCAGGUUCAGCCAACUACUGUAUUACGAUCCUGAAGAAUCUAGGUCCCAGCCAACUGAGGAGCAACUUGUUGCUCAGAGGAAUGCUUCGGAGACUGCAAGGAAGUGCCAGAUAGGUGCCAUCUUCACUGAGAGCAAAUUCUUACAAGCUGAUUCACUCUCAAAUCUAGCAAAAGCCCUCAUUCAGGCAGCUGGACGACCUCAGAAGAUCACCACCUCACUGGAUGAUGAAGGAACAGCCGUCUUCUGCUUAGAGCUUCUAAUUACUAUCACAUUGAAGAACAGAGACAGGAUUGUUCUUUUGUGGCAGGGUGUUUUUGAACAUAUAGCCCAUAUCGUUCAGUCCACAGUGAUGCCCUGCAAUCUCGUGGAGAAGGCUGUCUUUGGGCUCCUGCACAUCUGUCAGAGGCUGCUCCCUUACAAGGAGAACCUAGUAGAUGACCUACUGAGGUCACUUCAGCUAAUUUUGAAACUUGAUGCUCGUGUAGCUGAUGCUUACUGUGAGAACAUUACCUUGGAGGUCACACGGCUUGUCAAAGCCAAUGCAAUCCACAUCAAAUCCCAGAUGGGUUGGCGAACUGUCAUUUCCUUGAUCUGCAUCACUGCGCGCCAUCCUGAUGCUUCUUAUGCGGGUUUUGAAGCCCUAGUUUUUAUCAUGUCAGAGGGAUCACACCUCUCACCUGCCAACUUUGUCCUUUCAGUGGAGGCAUCAAGGCAGUUUGCAGAGUCUCGGCUUGGGUCUACAGAAAGAUCUAUUCAUGCUUUGAACCUAACGGCAGAUUCAGUGAAUUGCCUAACACGGUGGACACGUGAGGUUAAAGAAGCUGGUGGAGAGGUGGACAGGAUAUUGGAAGGAAUUGCUGAGAUGUGGCUUCGUCUUGUGCAGGCUCUACGGAAGGUGUGCACAGAUCAGAGGGAAGAAGUGAGAAACCAUGCACUGUUGUCAUUGCAUAGAUGCUUAGUAGUUGAUGGAAUAUCAGUUUCAUCUUCAGCAUGGUUGAUGACAUUUGACAUUAUCUUCCAGUUGCUUGAUGAAUUGUUGGAGAUUGCGCAGAAUUACUCACCAAAAGAUUUUAGAAACAUGGAGAUGUCCCUCUUGCAUGCUGUAAAACUGUUAUGCAAGGUGUUCUUGCAGUCUCUUAAAGACCUCACAGCACAGAGCGGUUUUGGUAAGCUUUGGCUGGAAGUCCUUGCAAUGGUAGAGAAGUUUAUGAAAGUCAAAUUGAGAGGGAGGAAGUUAGAGAAGCUACAGGAGGCUAUCCCAGAGCUAAUCAAGAACGUACUGAUGGUGAUGAAAGCAAGUGGCAUCCUGUCAAAGACAAAAACCGGUGAAAACAGUUUGUGGGAAGCAACAUGGCUUCAAGUUAACAAUAUUUCGCCAGUGCUGCAGUCAGAAGUUUUCCCUGACAAUGAUGGCAACAAUGCAACACAAGGUGAACAAAACAAAUCGGAUACUCCAGCACAAUCUGACCAAAGUGCUGAGCAAUAGGAUGCGAUGGAUUCUGGCAUUAAGAUCAAGUUAGUGGAGCUGAAACUUGAUCCUUCAAGGCAGUAUGACCUUUGAAACAUUUUUGUCUAGAUGCAUACACAAAUGCUUGGAAUGCCCUCAGUGGGACACAAGGGAGAGUAAGCUGGUACACUGUAAUUUUCUUAGUCUAUACAUAUUCUUUUUGUUAUUGACAGGAAUGUUUUUGGGUUUUUUUGUUGCAACCCCAAGGUGUGUGAUUAGUAUACAACAGAUAUAGCAAAAUUUUUUAUCAACAAUACAUGAUUUGUUAGAGGUGCAGUGGACUGUGGUAGCAUCAUAGCUCUACACGGUGGACCCGUGUUAAUUCAUGUAUCAAUAGGUUUAAGGGACAUGAUAUACUGUAGGAUUCGUACACGCAUUACAUUCUAGCAAGUGAAUAAAAAUAGUUGGUCAAA